CUCCGAUGGGACUGUCGCGCCCGCCUGGCGUCCGACCUCGCGAACAUGUGUUAUCAAACUCACUGAUAUAUCUCAUAAUCCAGUGAACUUUAAUAAAUAAUCUCAUUCAACGAUAUACGGAUUUUUUACAGCCUGGAGUCCAGCCUCAUGUGGGUCGGCUCAACACUACGCCACGAUGUGGGCUUAUAUCAUAGCAGCGGCGCGCGGCGACUCUCGCGGCUCUGUUCAUAAACGCUCCAGUGCCAACACUACGGACGACCACAUCUAUGCAUACAGAGAUGGGAAAGUAUUUACACUAUCAAGCAGCGGGGCUCCAAUACCCGGGCCUUCAGGUCUGUCGUCACAAGGCACCAAGACACAAAACAAUCCAUUUACCAAAAAAUUCUCGCCCUCACCACGCCGGCGACCUGAUGACAACGACGCUGCACUUGAGGAAGCUAUUCAACCCUACGAUGAGGUUGUAAGUGAAGUCGAUCCUGGAAAUUGGGUGCAGCGCCACUUCUCCCGACUCACACGAAACCUCCGUUGCCGGCUAAGUGGCGAAGGACGCGUUAAGCCACCAGAUCUUUUUCUAAACAAAUUCUCGGCACAAACAUUCUCUGACCCCGAGGAACCUCUUUACCAAGCCAAGAGGUCUAAAAUUCUAUGCGGAUUGAAGCUUGCUUUCGACCCGACAUUGCCGGCUCAUUAUCACUGGCUAGCAGUGGUGUCUCUUGCUAUCCUGUACAACGUGGUAUUCGUGAUUGGCCGUGCUGUCUUUUGGGAGUUGGAUAACCUUACGAUUAUUUGGUUCAUUUUGGACUACCUUUGUGACGCCAUCUAUCUUAUUGACACAGUUAUUCACGUCCAUGAAGGUUAUUUGGAGCAAGGUUUGAUGGUAAAGGACUCAAAGAUGCUCAGACGCCACUAUCUCAAGUCGGAUUCAUGGAGAUAUGAUCUAAUAUCCUUAAUACCAACCGAUAUUGCUUAUUAUUGGUGGAGACCCGGAUCUUGUGACUAUAAUCGUUUGCCGUGCCCUGUUAUUGUACGACUCAAUCGACUAUUUCGCUUGCCUCGAAUGUGGGAGUGGUUCGACCGCACUGAGACAGCCACUAGUUACCCAAAUGCCUUCAGGAUAUGCAAGGUCGUUAUGGCGAUAUUGGUACUUAUACACUGGAAUGCCUGCCUAUAUUUCGCUAUAAGUUACGCGAUAGGCUUUGGCACCGAUAAUUGGGUUUACAAUCUGACUGGCGCCCGGAACGAGUCACUGGCGCAUCAAUAUAUUUACAGCUUUUACUGGUCCACUUUAACUCUUACUACCAUCGGGGAAACUCCACAACCGGAAAUUGAUGCCGAAUACUUAUUCGUUGUAGCGGACUUUUUAGCUGGUGUUCUGAUUUUUGCCACAAUCGUGGGAAAUAUCGGAUCUAUGAUUUCAAACAUGAAUGUGGCUAGAGUUGAAUUUCAAAAUAAAAUGGAUGGUGUCAAACAAUAUAUGGCUUUCAGAAAAGUUAGUGGAGAAUUGGAAGCCCGAGUAAUUAGGUGGUUCGCUUAUACUUGGGCUCAAAGUGGUGCAUUAGACGAGGAGAACGUUUUAUCUUCUCUCCCCGAUAAAUUAAAGGCAGAAAUAGCUAUACGAGUACACUUAGAAACACUGCGAAAAGUGAGAAUAUUCCAAGACUGCGAACCAGGGCUUUUGGAAGCUUUAGUUUUGAAAUUGAGGCUUCAAGUAUUCAGUCCGGGAGAUUAUAUUUGCAGGAAAGGCGACGUGGGUAAAGAAAUGUAUAUAGUAAAGAGAGGAAGACUUCAGGUUGUUGCUGAUGACGGUAAAACCGUUUUAGCUACUCUAAGUGCAGGAUCAGUAUUUGGCGAAGUAAGUGUUUUGGAAAUCGCUGGUAAUCGUACUGGUAACCGGAGAACUGCUAAUGUGCGCGCUUUGGGCUACUCGGACUUAUUUUGCCUGGCAAAAAGGGAUCUGUGGGAGGCUCUGGCUGAUUACCCUGAUGCUAGAGCUACGCUUACUGAGCGCGGGUGUCAAUUGUUAAGGAAGGAUGGUUUGUUGGAUGAAACAGUAUUUCAAAAUGCACAAAUAACGCAACAAAGCUUAGAGGAAACUGUGAACAAACUGGAAAAUACCAUGGAGAUGUUAAACAAUCGCCUUCAUGGUAUAAUUGCGCGUUUCGGGGAGGAUCAAGAGCAAAUUAAGCAGAGAAUCAACAAAAUAGAAAAUAGAGUAUUGGAAACCGAUGACGAAGAUACGGAUUCUGAUGAUGUCACAUCACUACAAGCAUCUGAGUUAAGGAGCGACGUUGCUAGAGGAUGCGAAGCUUCGGGAUAUAGUGACAUAGCCAUACCUAUGUGUUCUGCCCAGGACGCCUCAAUGCUCUUCCUGAGUAAUCCACUGCCCGCCCGAGAACGUGGUUACUCACUCAGCGUGGAGCGAACGCCAGGUCUAUUUCAUUUACAACCACGGAGCAAAUCACUCCGAAUAAAAAGAAAAGACCAUUCACAGUAGGUAAACUGUAGGUUAGACAAUAAAAUAAUCUAAAUAUACACAUUUUUUAACAUAUAUUUUGUUGUGCCUAAAAUUUUAAUUUUCAUUAGGUACUACCUUCAAAAUGUAAUCUAAACUGCAAAACUAAACACUUGAAAAGGAUUUUAUAAAUUUAAAAAAUUAUAACAAUCAAUAAAUGUUUUUUUAUAAUCGUUGGACAAUAUAUCUUAACGCCAAAGAACUUUAAAGUAUAGAUUAUAUUCACUGAAAGAUGCUAAAAGCUUUGAACUUUAGUCCCGUCCCGCGGUUACUUCUAGUGCAUAGCCACUUACUAUUCAAUCCGUAUUAAAACUAGCGCAAUAAAAAGUUUUCGUGUUUAUUUUAGUUACAAUAGUUUCGAAAGCGGAUAAAGAUUACUUAUGAAAAUAUAUUCACUUGUACCUAUAACACUAUAAAAGACAGAAUUUUAGAGAAUACGUAGUUCCUUGAAUAUUGUAAAACUUAUUCUAAAGUCACAGAUAAUUAUAUUUUUAAAUCUAGAGGCAUAUAGUCGUAUUCGUAUGACUAUAAUUGACCGCUUAGCUUUGCUUAGUCUAGCAAAAACGUUUGGCAAGUAUGACUAACUUUCCUAUCACUGGAAUGACUGGAAUAAUAAUAUUAUAGUAAUACUGAAGGUAUUGACAGUUCUGGUUUAUAUAGAACCGACUGUCUAUUUGACUUUCUAAUAUCCGAAGGGGAAACCACCCCAAUUAUAGGUUAGUGUAGUAACCAAAGUACGUAGUACAAACUGCAUGACCCUGUAAGUGGUACCCGGGACCAAAGGCGUGCUUCUGAAGCACGGAAACUUAUGUUACUGUUGACAAUUGUUCACAAAUUAGGUAAUUUUUGACAAUGACCAAUUUUAUGAAAUCAAGACUUUUUCGUUUAAAAACGAAUAAUUUUCUUUUUUCUUGCUUAAAACACAAGUCCAAACAGCUUGAAACCCCCUCAAAAUGAGUUCAAUGGUUCUUAUGUGAUUAAUGCACAAUAAUCCCAGCGCACAAAAUAUCCAAACAGAGAGCAAAAUUAUUCAAACACUGAUGUAUUGACUCACACGAUGUAUUUCUGCUAUGAAAAUAGCAUUUAUUUAUUUUUUUCUUUUUUUUUUUUUUUUAUUUCACAAUCACAAUUUUCUCAAAAUGAGAAGAUAUUAUUAAAAAUAGUUAUUGUACUGUUAUUUAGUACUAUUACGCAGGUUAUAUAAUGGGACAAGUAUUUGAAUCCUCACCGGAUAAACCUUCCCCAUCAAACUGGGGAUGGACUGAAAAGGAUGGACAAUGGAAGAGUUAGAUCAGAAUAAUUGUGCCUGGGUUAAUAACAAUAAGGGUCAUCAUUUAUAUACCCAAAAACAAAGCUAACAGAUGCAUAGGUCUGUUAUCCAUGAACACCUUUUGUCCACGUUGGUAACUAGAUUUACCUAAUCAGUUACGAGAAAAUCUUUUUUCUUUGGCUGUAUUGUAUGUAACUAGUAGUGGAACCAGAAUUAAGCAGAUUUGUUUUUCUAUAUUUGUAACUUUUUGUAGGUAAUUGUGGAAGCAGUUUUAAACUUUUUGUAGAAACAGUUAUUUUUCCAUAUUUGUUACUUUAACUAACUAGCCUCGCUUUUAGAUGCGUCAAAUAAUUGAAACCUCUCUGUUAGUCACUGGCUAUUUGUAAUUAAAAAUUAUAAUAAGGACUGACAGUCAUAGAUGAUUGGUGUUGGGUCAAACGUACAAUAAAUAAAUAAGUAAUUGAGGUAUCGUGAACUUCGGUAGUUAUUAUUUAAUGGAAUAUGGAGAAAGCUAUGGCUAUACAUAUAUUUUUUGCCAAUUGAAAAGAGGUAGAAUGAAGCUCAUAUACAUGUCAGUGACAUCGUAACGGAUACUGAAGGGGAUGAUUCAGACCAUGAUUCUGAGUUAAUAUAAUGUGAAAUUUUCCGUCCCAAAAUUCAUGUCAUAUUUUGUGUUUUUCUAAAUUAUUUACAAUAUACUUUUGCGAUGGAAAAUUCUACUUAAUAUUAACAAAGAAUAAUGAGACAUCGUAAAAAAUACUGUGGGCGAUGAUUCUGACCAUGAUUCUUUUUCCGUUCCAUACUUUUGCGACGGAAAAUUCCUCUUGAUAUCAACUCGGAAUCAUAGCCUGAAUCAUUCCUCAAAGUUUUCAUUACGAUGUCACUAACACUCUGUAUAAUGGACGCGUAUACCUUUGACGUAAAACAUUGGCAAUAAAUGUUGACUACCUAUGCAACAAAUUCAGUUGCAAAGCACAGGCAAUUUCAAAAAAACAGGCAGCCGUUGUUAAAGAAACCCCUCACCCAGAUUGUCAACAAAAUUUUGCCAAUUGUCAAAUUUCAAAAGCGUUUGAAGACUUUAAACGAAUUAUUAACCACUAUGAACCGAUUCAAAAACAAUACGAGCAAGUAGUACCACCAUAAGGUUCAUCAUAUCCAGAUUACGACAUCGUAUCAACAGUGGCUGCAAGUUAUCUUUGAUUACUUGUGGCUCUGCCCACCCCAUUAGGGAUUACGGGCGUGAGUUUAUGUAUGUUAUGUAUGUAUGUACGAGCAAGUAGUAUGUGAACUUAUGUUAAGAGGAGCACAUUUAAUUUUGAAACUGCACACAUUCGCCAGUAUUAAGAGCGAUUUGUACAACAAUCAAGCUACAUUAUCAACGGCCAGAAGAUGUAGACAUACCCAAAAAGUUCGAGAACUUUUUAUUGGCUGACUACGUAGAUGAUAUUAGAAUUUUAGUUUUGUUCAAUCCUGAAAUCAAAAAUCAGAAUCAUUUAUUCAACGUAAUUAUCAUCGAUAAACUUGUUGAAGGUCAAUGUAACAUUUUUUAAUUUACGUCAUUUCGCAAGGUGUAAUGGCUGAGGAGAAGAAAUGACAAGAAACUGCAACAGCAACACAUCUUUUAAAAACCAAUGAGGAUAUACAUUACAAGUUAUUUAAUAACUAGAGGAACACAUUCAAUACCAGACAUUUUUAUCAUUUAGGUAGUCAUUAAUCUUAUAAUAAGCUUUUUUACAUAAAGUAAGCUUCACAUAAGCUUUAAAUUUAUUUUCUGACAAAUUUAAAAUAUUAUCUGGUAUUUUAUUGUAAAAACGUAUACAUAACCCCAAAAAAGAUAGACUUGUUACUAAAUUGAAACUAUUUACUACAUGGUACUUUUAAGGUUUAUCCACCUCUGUUCAAUCAAUUAUGCAGCACUCAGACAAAAACAAAAAAAAUAUGCAAUCCUAUUUCAAAACUUAUAACAAAAUUCCCUUCCUGGAAACCAACGAAAAUUAAUGUCAAUUUUGAAAAAUCUGCUAUAAUCGCGUAUAAAACGCUGCUUCUAUCACUUCAGUCGCGAACUUUUUAAAAAAGCAAAAUAACUAGAAAUCAAUUCAACAGAUCAGCGGCGACAUGUUGCGCGAUGUGCAGGCUUAGCCCGAUUGCCGUCAAAAUAUAUUAACAUUGGUUGCAAUUAUGCCAUGAAUAGAUCGCCCAAAUCUAACCCAACAGAAAAAAAUACUUGUAGGUACUUCGAUCCUUUUUUUGCUGCAAGAUUUUAUUAAGAUAUAGGGGAAUUGUUAAGGAGUAAUAAUCAUUUACAAGAAUGGCAUUCUAGAAUAAAUUGUUUUGUGGGAAAUAAAAACCCAUCCCUCGCAAAAAUGGGACGUUCUAGUGAAGGAAACAAAAAUUAAAUCAACAAAUUCGCCAGCUAAAUGAAGGAAAAACAACAAUUAUGAUGAAAUUGACACUGAAAUAAAUGCAUUUAUAGAGCAAUUAAAAAAUAAAGAAAUUACUAUCGGACAUUGUUUGGAGCUUAUUGCUGCUUUUAUAAUUUAAAAUCCCUUUCUAAACUCUAGUAGGUAUCAUUUGUUUGUUUAUUAUACUUAAAUAUUUUGUAAAAUGUUGAUUAAUACAGAAUGCGUCCAAAGGUCAAUAAAUGCUUGCUAAUGUUUUGUUACGUAAUAAGUAAUAAAUGUUGAAAUAUAAAAUGUUUUAAAAGUGUUUGUAUUUCAUCUCUCACAACUAGUUACCAAACAACGAAAGAAAAUUAUUAUUUCGUAACUGUUUCGUUACGUAAAUGGAAAUAAUAUAUUAUAUAGGUAUAGUUCUACGAAAAUCGAAAAAGUAGUUCUGCUUCCACAACUAGUUACAAAACAGUGAAAUAAAAAUCUUCUGUCGUGACUGGUUAGAUAAAUCUAGUUACCAACGUGGACGGAGGGGGUUUCAGAAGGUUAAUGUGUACAUCGCCAUCUAUAGUUUUUUUGGAGAACGUCGCCUGGAAAAUUCCUCAUUGUACGCUAUUUGUUUUGUUUUGUUUUAGAGCUCAAAGGGUGGCAGCACUGUUGUAUCCUAAAAUUCGUGAUAAAUGGCUAUAAACUGUACUUAAGAGUGUUGUAAACCUUCUGAAAUAUGAGUUACGAAAAAGAUCCGUACCGGUGGAUUAUUAUGAAAAUGUAUAAAAUGUAAAAUCGGGAAAAAUAUUUUGCUGUCCACCUGUGACGGCAAACGCUACUAAAAUUGUCAGGCCACUAAGAACUGUUGCUUUAUAAUUUGAUGUACUUAUAAAUCUAUCUCGUCUGAAAAUAUUUGAGAUGCCAAAUUUAAGUAUUUUGCUGAAUAUUAUUAACAGUAUAAGUUGAAUUAUAAUAAAAAUAAAAUUAUUGUUACAUGAAUGGUAAUAUUUUAAAGUGUAGUAAAAGUUGAUCUACUUUUAUUAUGGAAAAAAUCUCAACAACUGGAUACAUUUUUUUAAUGUAGAAAUUAUUUUGAAACCGAUAGCGUUCGUAUAUGCUACAUUUUUUUUGAUUUAUAGUUUAAUAUUAAAAGAUGCUGUUUGUAAAUAGAUAUGUAUGUAUAAUAUACUUAUACUUAGGUACUUACCCCUGUUCGACACCUUUACAUUCAGUACCAAUCGGUAUUUAUGUUUAGAAGCAAAUAUUUUUAGAAAUGUUUUAAAUAUCAGUGUAAAUUGUAAAUGUACUUAUAGAUAUUUUAGAAUACGUUUAGGUAUCUUACCAUAAAAAAAUCAUGUGUGUAGAUAAUAUGGUAUGGUACGUGAUGGUUCAAAAUGAUGAAAUGAUGUUACUCAAAAUAUGUCAAAACUUGGUUUUUGUAAAUAAAUAUUUAAAAAAAUGUAAUAAUGGUUUAAUAUUUAUCCCUUAUGAUUUUUUGUUUGUACAUACAUGUUUUAUUAUUUGAUACAUCAAUGUAUUUAACUUGAGAU